CGGAGGAGGCGAAUUUCCGUUUGCGACUUCCGUUUAUAUAUAAGUAAAUAUGCUGAACCAUUGCGAUGGAUUCAGGGUUUGCAGUGACGGCAAUUAUGUUCCACCUCGUUAGUUCACCGUACAGUCCGUUUAACCUGGCAACAACUGCAGCCGGCUCAAACGUGAUUGGUUAAUAUCACGCAGACUACAAACAGCCUACAACUGGAAACCAGGGCUCUUCCGCUCUUCUUCCGGAGGCAAGAUCUCCGGGGUUUGCCUACAGACUCUACAUUCACUGAAUGUAGAGUCUGUAUAUAGAGACUAAUACAGAAGAGACUUGAUGAUGAUCACUGACAUCAGGUGGGAUAAAGUAGAUAUAUCCAUAUCUGUUAUCGGUCAAAUGAGUUGCUACAUAUCGGCAUAUUGGAUGGCAGCAGAAAAUCCAAAAUCAUGCAUCCCCACAAGAAACAAUUACGUAAUAACGUCAGACAUGUUUACAAACAUAUUUUAAACAACAGCCAAAACAACAUAUAUGCAAACCUUUCAGUUAAUUCCAAACCUCUUCCAGGCCUGAAAUCACUUUUACUUUCUCGUAACUUUCAGUAAUUUCAUGACUGUGUGAACUCUGACACUGUUUUCCUCCUGAAUACUGUUGGCUCACCUGACCUCAGAGGCCAGAGGAUUAUAACAUCUGAACGGAGCGUUCACACACAUCAUGAGACUUCGUUUAACUUUUGGGAGACGACGUCUCACGUUUAUUAUCGUGGUGUCUGAACAUGAAACCAACAAGACACACAAUCAGCUCACAGACAUGUUGAACUUCCUGUAACUCACCGUGUGUUACAGCACACAGGUACUCAUGACGUCACAUCACUGAUUAUUGAUCACUGAUCACAGUGUGACGCUCCAUCAGGUCACAUCAGACCGGGACUGCACCUCCCAUGAUGCACUGCUGCCACCUGCUGCCUGAGUGACGUCAUGAUAUUAAUGCUCAGAGCUUUAAUGAGCUUCAGUUUUUAUCUCAUUAAACUCUGGUUUGUUUUUAGUAAAUAUUAUUUAAAUGACGUCAUUCAUAUUAAAUCGUUUCAUGCAUACAGUUUGAACAAAUCGUGACCUCUCGGUGACCUCUGACCUGCUCAAAAUCUGGCUCUCUGAUUGGCUGAGCAGACUGACAGGUGAAGAUGGCGGCUCAGGUGUACGCCGUGCUGCUGCUGCUGCUGCUGCUCGGACCCUCGGCGGGUCCGGGUCUCUCCUCCUCCGAUCCCAGUCCGGACUCUGAACGCGGCAGGAUGCAGCUGCGGCGCGUGCAGGGCCUUGCCGCUCAGCCCAGGUACGGAGGAUGUUGGGCGCGAGCUCUGGAGCACCUAGACACGCGCUGCAGGGACAUGACGUCAGAGAGCCAGAGCCGGAUCGCGCUGAGCUUCACCUUCUGUCACCUGAGCAGCUCAGGCAGAGAUUUCCCAUCAUGCCCUGAGGGGUCAGAGGUCAGCAGGUGUACAGGUGCGAUGGACGCUGUGGCCUUUAACACCUACACAGAGUUCUUCACCCACACACACUCCAUCUGUCACUUCCUGCAGUCUGACGCCUGGCAGGGCCGAGCUGAGGACACCAUGCACAGGUUAACAGAGAGUUCAGCAGGUGUAGCUGAGCAGCUUCAGUCCACCAGGCAGAUGGCUGAGGACCUGAUUGAUGCCCAGACCGCUGCCUUACAGGCACAGCAGGAGAUCCUGAACAAUGGAGAGGAGCUGAGAGUCACCCUGAGAGACUCCACCCAGGGUCUGCGGUCGGUGUUCUCGGAGCUCAGCAGUGUCUCCAGGGAGCAGCAGGUGGCGCUGUCCGAACUCUUCAACAGAGUUUCCUUCCUGCAGAGUUUCCUGCUGAUGGAGGCUCACAGUCUGAGCUCCUGCUGCUACAACGCUGCUGCUCUCUGCACCGCCUUCCUCAUCACCUCCACCCAGCGCUCCUCCAGAGCCAGGCUGGUGUUGUUGAGUUUGGUGUGUUUAAACUUCUAUCUGGAGAGGAAGAUCUACCACUUUGUGAUAAACUCUGAUCAUCCUGAACACAAACACAUGGAGCUGGUCAGUGGGUAUGUGAGUGUGUUGCGGCGCUUCAUGGUGUGUGUUGGAGUGUGUGUCCUGCUGUGUGUGUGUGUUAGGUACAGAGACCCCCUGCAGCAGAGUCUGCAGGUGCUGCAGCAGCUCAGAGAGACACAGAGGAGCCUGCAGGAGGCGCUGCAGCACGCAGAGUGUCUGGGGAAUCAACCGAAGAAUCAGCCGCCACUGAAGAGGAGGUCAGAGGGCAGCAGAAGAGAGGAGGCGCUAAGGAGGAGGGAGGAGAUCAAAAGAGGAGAAAAAGAAGUGGAGGAGGAGGAGGAGGAGUGCAGCACACUGGUGUCUCCGCCCACAGACGACUCACACCUGUCUCACCUCACACACAUCGGUUGGAGCACCGACAGUUUUCUCAGCAGCACAGUGAACAGCUCCGCAGCUGACGUCACCCAGAAGCCGUAUGUUACCCACAAUGCCUCAGUGCUCAGUCCCACGACCCAGAAGGCCUCAGUGAGUCCAGGCAGGCGUCCUCGUCGCUCCUCUUCCUCCCGCCUCCCGUCCACCUCCUCCUCCUCCCCUCUGGUCUACAGCAUCCUGGUGGAGGAUAAACAGCCUCGUUACAGCCUGAGGAGCCGACGCUCAGAGACUCACUGAAGGAACGUCACACUUUGUUCUUUCUCUUUUGUAAAUUUUAAAC